AUGUCCGAGAUUGAGUGUGCAAUGAACUCCGAUCUGCCAACAUGGGACUCUAAUCGCUGGAGAAAUACAAGGAUCAGCCGUAACGAAUCUAACGCCAAUGGCCCGACAAGCCCUCGCAUCCAAGACUCUCCCCAGCAUCCUGGUCCGCAGCCUUCCGGGCUCAAUCCUACCAACCCAAUGUCUCAAAAGGCAACCCACGAAACAUUUGUCCUCGAUUCCUGGAUCGGGAAGUCACGCGGCAUGGGCUCUAGGGUCUGCGACCUGCCACGGCUGACGGAGCCCUAUGCAGCUGCAACUGAAGCAUCAACCUACCUUUUUCAUCCCCAGCAACGCCACAGUCUGAAUUACGGUCCGCAGCAAUUGGCAAAUGAUUCACCUCGUGAGACGUCUGCCGGCACUUGGCGAAGCUUGCAGCACGAAGAUCGUCGUGAGAGCACGAACCAUACCGCCGAUGCCCCACUACUUACGCUUCAAAUUCCACAACCAUUAGAUCUGCACAGGCCAUCAACUCUGAACACACCAUCGCUAUCUAACGGGAGACCUCAUAGCAACAACGAUCGUCGCCCGGCUGCAUCGACGGCCACGGCCUCGACACUGUUGCCAUCGUUCGCAGCGCUUCAAGAGCACACUGAUCGAGUUGAGAAUGGUGCAGAGACGAAAGUCGCAUCGAUGCUGCCAUUAUAUCGUUCUCAGGAGCGGAGCACGGCUCCCAGCUUAUUAUCCCGCAACUUCUCGCCUCCCAACCUACUGAAACGGCUUGGGGAGCCUCUAGAUAGGGGAGAGAUUCAGAGCUCAAAGAGGCCGCAUUCUGGCGCUUCUGGCGACCAAGCCUAUCAACUUGGUCGUCAAGGCUCGAUCGACUACAGCGCUAGAGCGCCUCGACGGAAUCCCUCUCCGCCACCAGCAGAUUCUGUACCUGGCUCGGCUCAUCCACGAUUGUCGUCGCCGAACUUCGAGCGGUGUGGUAGCCAACGCACAUUGCCUUCCCCAUCAUCACGAGCAUAUCCAGCAUCAGCAGCACCUUCUGUGGCUUACAAUACUGCCCAGUCCGGUAGUUCUCCAGCAACAUCAUACCAGCCGCCAUCGACAAUCCACACUGCUUCGUCGACCUCGGCGACAUCACAGCACAUUGCCGAUCUGCAGCAUCAGGUCACCUUGCAAUCCUUGGCGUUGCAGACCCUACAGUCUGAAUAUGCAUCACUGUUGCAAAAGCUUCAACGUGAACGCGUCAGGAGCCAAACGAUCGAGAAGAAGACGAGUGCCGCCGAUCAGGAAGUGAAUGACCUGACUGGCAAGAACGAAGAUCUCACUGAGCAGGUGAAGACCCUCGAGGCUCAGCUGGAGGAGAGCGAAAGGAAGCGAGAGGAUCAGCGGCAGGAAGCGGCAAGAGAGAAGGAGCAAUGGGGUCGAAUGCUGGAGAUGAGUGGACGACUUCAGAACAGGGCUGAUGCCGAAAAGCAGAGGCUCCUUGAGGAGAAGAACUACUUAACCCAGCGUUUGGCGAGGCACGAUGAGACAGGAACCCAGCGUCCUGAUGAGCAGCCCAAACAGGAUUUUCCACAGGCGGAGCGGCUACGCUUUGACAGCCAUGGCUCCGGAUCUGAGCAGCAUCCGGAUAUGGCGAAUGCUAAGAAGUAUAUGCCGAGUAACGGGAUUAGCAACCAACACGAUCAACACAGUCUUGAGCAGGAAGUCGUCUCGUUACGGACACGAGUCCAUGCUCUUCGUACUACCCUCGAGGGCGUGCGACGACACAACGAAGAACUCGAGGUCACUACGCGCGGCUUCCUCGAGCAGACUGGCCUGCUUUGGAGCAAUGUCAGUCGUGCAUUGGAUGACGACAACUCCCACGAGAGCCGAGCAAUGAGUGUCAGUCGAACGAAGAUCGUCAACACGAACGAGACUUGGACGCAGAAGCCCCCUGAGAAUUCACAACAGCCAGGACUUCCCCAAAGCCCGGCAUCCACGCGUCAGCCGGGCACACUGGAGAUCAUCAAGGACGGAAAAAUAUCACUAGCAAACAUUGCAGAGGUGUCUAGAGCGAAGUCUGCCGAGCCCCAAGAGCUGGGGUUCCACGUCCCAACCACAACCUCUUCACCCGAAGAACUCAUCAAAGCACUCGGUCCAGUCCCAACACCACUUCCACCCAUCCGAUAUCCACCACCAACAACCUCCUGGACUCCAAUUACGCCCUCAAGCCAAAACGACAAACCCACCGAGCCAGUCAGCGCGUUCGCGCCCAGCUUCCCACCUGGCUACAUUGGUCACCACCGACCAGCACUCUCGUCUCCGCGGUCGCACCACAGCUCCAACGCCGACGGCAACGGAGACGAAACCUCCAGCUCACCAGGAACUGGCCGCCGGUCUCCGGACACAUACAACAGCGAGCCUGAGCCGUCGACGACGAGACCGACGACAUCCCAGUCUGUCCUCACACCGGCGAGACCGGCGUUAAGUCACUUCCACAGCCAUUCUUUCCAUGGACAUACUAGGAGUGCUGAAUGGAUGCCACCGCCACCGCCGCCUCCUAAGUCGGAGCUGGCUUAUAUGACGCAGACUGGCACUCACGCAUAG